AUGCCACAGGCUUUACACAAUCUCCUGUCAGUGGAAUUUCUAAUCGUCCUCCCUGUUUUCAAUCCUGUCAUUUAUGGUUUAAACCUUCAAAAGAUCCGGAACAAAGUCACAAGAAUGUGCAGCAGAAACAAAAAAAGCCUCCAUGAACCAAUGUACAUCUGCCUCUGUAAUUUAUUUAUUAAUGCCCUCUUAGGAACUGUUAGCUUCUAUCCUUCAUUUUUGUAUCAUCUUCUUUCAGACACCCAAGUCAUUUCUUAUGGAUUUUGUUACACUCAAAUGUGUGUUAUGUAUACAUAUGUUAUGGGUGAAAUGACAAUUCUAACAGUUAUGGCCUAUGACAGGUAUGUAGCAAUAUACUUGCCAUUAAAAUACAACACUGUCAUGACAUGUACAAAACUGUACAAAUUAUUACUUGCAGCCUGGAUCUAUCCUGUUGUGAUGGUGUCCUUUUUACUCAUCUUUUCUGUGUCAGUUCCUUUAUGUGGAAACCAGAUUAAUAAAUUGUAUUGUUACAAGUGGGAUGUUAUGAAGCUAUCUUGUGUAGACACGACUGUUCAUAAUAUUUUGGGAUUCUUGGUAUAUGCUUUAUUUAUUCCACUCUUUUCUUUUAUUGUAUACUCUUACAUUAAAAUACUUAUAGUAUGCCAUAACAGCUCCAAAGAACACAACAGGAAAGCUUUGCAAACCUGUCUUCCACAUUUAAUUUCAUUUUUCAUUGCUCUGCUUUUUGCUUUCAUGUACAGUAUUUACGGUUCAAGUGAUAUGCCACAGGCUUUACACAAUCUCCUGUCAGUGGAAUUUCUAUUCAUCUUGCCUGUUUUCAAUCCUGUCAUUUAUGGUUUAAACCUUCAGAAGAUCCGGAACAAAGUUACAAAAAUGUGCAGCAGAAACAAAGUAUAA